AUGUCGACUUAUAGACUAUACUAUUUUGACGGUCGUGGUCGUGGUGAAGUCCCACGUCUUAUUUUAACUGCUGCUGGGCAAAAGUUCGAAGAUAUACGAUAUUCCGAGGGAGAAUGGCCAUCGCAUAAGUCUGAAAUGCCUCUCGGUCAAAUGCCAGUACUCGAAAUUGAUGGUUUUAAAUUGCCGCAAUCGAUGACAGUUGCUCGUUUUCUUGCUCGACAGUUUCAUUUGGCAGGAAAAGACAAUUUGGAGCAAGCAAAAGCUGAAGCCGUUGCUGAUACAGCUACAGAUCUUCUCAAUAAAUUUGGACCGAUUAUUUGGUAUGAAGAAGAACCACAGAAAAAAGCAAGUAUAGAAAAAUUUUUCGCUAACGAAUUACCGAAACAUUUAAGCAAUCUUGAAACCUUGGCCAAGGCUUAUAGUAACGGUGGUUCAUUCUUCGUCGGCAAUCAAUUGACUUUUGCUGAUUUGCAUGUGUAUGAUGUUUUAGAAAAUGUUCUAGAAAUAGAUAACAAUAUACUUGACCAAUAUCUAUGGCUGAAAACUAAUCGUCAAGAAGUUGGUAAACAUCCUAAAAUUGCUGCCUAUCUUAAAAAUCGACCACGAACGGCAUUUUGA